AAGAUACAUUACCAAAAGUAUGUGAACACCUGCUCGUCGAGCAUCUCAUUCUAAAAUCAUGGGCAUAAAUAAUGGAGUUGGGCCCCCCUUUGUUGCUAUAACAGCCUCCACUCUUCUAAGAGGGAAGGCUUUCCACUAGAUGUUGAGACAUUGCUGUGGGGACUUGCUUCCAUUCUGCAACAAGAGCAUUAGUGAGGCCAGUCACUGAUGUUGGGUGAUUAGACUUGGCUUGCAGUCGACAUUCCAAUUCAUCCCAAAGGUGUUCAAUGGGGUUGAGAUCAGGGCUCCGUGCAGGCCAGUCAAGUUCUUCCACACCGAUCUCGACAAACCAUUUUUGUAUGGACCUCGCUUUGUGCAUGCGGGCAUUGUCAUGCUGAAACAGGAAACAGCCUUCUCCAAACUGUAUGCCACAAAGUUGGAAGCACAGAAUCAUCUAGAAUGUCAUGGUGUGCUGUAGUGUUAAGAUUUCCCUUCACCGAAACUAAUGGGCCUAGCCUGAACCAUGAAAAACAGCCCCAUUAAUCCUCGUCCACAAAUUUUACAGUUGCCAUUCGGCAGGUAGCUUGUGUGGCCUACCACUUUGCGGCUGAGCCAUUGUUGCUCCUAAACGUUUCCACUUCACAAUAACAGCAUUUACAGUUGAUGAGCAGCUCUAGCAGGGCAGACAUUUGAUGAACUGACUUGUUGGAAAGGUGGCGUCCUAUUACAGUGCCACGUUGAAUGUCACUAAGCUCUUCAGGAAGGGCGGUCUACUGCCAAUGUUUUUUCUAUGGAGAUUGACAGGUGUAUAAAAGAGUACACAGCCAUGCAGCAAAUGGUGAGGCUGAAAAAGCAGAAUCCACAUACUUUUGUGUAUAUAAGCAACUAUUGGCGGACCAAUGAAGUUAACUAGAACAAUUAGCAUCUAUUAUUGAGCCUUUUCUAAUAAGAGUUGCCAGUUUUCUCCAUUCAUGCACAUUGGUUGAAAAGCAAAUUAGCGACAGUAACUUUUCCUCAACGGGGGAUUGACCGUAUCUUAUUUUAUAACCUGUAUUAGUGUGGAAAUAUUGUAAUGAACUAGCUGAGCACGAUGUAAGAUGGGGCAUGAUUGUGGUAGGACAAGUCAUAUCUUGCAUAGCCUUAUGACGUUUGCCAGCAUUCCUAUGUAAUGCUCAUGUGAUCUCUAAUUCCGGUGUAGUUACUGAACUGAAGUUACACUCCACUGUAAUGGAUGAGAGGAAACCUCUGCAGAGGGCAUUCAAAUACAGUCUUCAGAAAUUCAACCGUUUGGAGUCAUGCCUAUACGUCGUGCAGCUGGGACUCCACCCCAGGAGACACCCCCCUUGGCUGCACCAGAUGGAGAGCCUGAUGCCAGCUCUGAGGAAUCUGCCUCUGUUGAGGAGGAGCAGGAGGUAGCACCCGCAGCCCCAGUAGCCAAGAAGGGGGAGGGUCAAGGAGAAUGUGAGGGCACAGGUGAAGGAGACCCAAAAGAGAAUGGUGAGAAACCUGAUGAAUCGACUGGAAAGAAGACUGAGGAGAAGAAGGCUGAGGGGGAAGAGGCUGAGAAGGAAGAGAAAGAUGGAGUGAAAGAGAAAGUCAAGAAACCUAUUAAAAGGACCAUUCCUGCCUGGGCCACCAUGUCUGCCAGCAAACGUGCAACACUCACUAAUAAGAGCACCUCCACCAUGCAGCCGCCUAGGAUGGACGACAUCCUCAUUGAGGCUAUUGAGUCCUGCAAGGAGAAGACAGGGGCCUCAGCCCAUUCUGUCAUGAAGUACAUUGUGAAAAAAUACCCUAACCUGGAGUUGGACAAGAGGAAAUUCCUUCUCAAGAAGGCUCUCAAGAGGCAGCUGGAGAAGGGCACCAUCAAACAGCUGAAGGGUAAAGGCCUUUCUGGAAGCUUUACCAUUGGGAAGCAGCCCCCUAAUAAAUCCACUGCUAAAGGGAAACAGAUGGCAGUAGCUCCUGGGUUGAAGGCAGAGACCCUUGGGGAUGCUCUACCCCUGAUCAUCACACGGCUAUGUGAGCCCAAAGAGGCGUCUUACAUUCUGAUCAAGAAAUAUGUGGAGCAGCACUUCCCUCAACUCAACGUGGAGCAUCGGCCGGAUAUCCUAAAGAGUGGCCUGGUGAGAGCUGUGGACAAGGGUCAACUGGAGCAGAUCACUGGAAAAGGUGCCUCUGGAACAUUCCAGCUGAAGCGGGAAGGGGGCAAGUUCCUGCUUAAAGGUGGGCCCCUGGAGGACGCUAUCAUGACAGCCAUCGUGGCCAUGAACGAACCCAAGACUUGCAGUACCACGACACUCCGCAAAUUCCUGUUAGAGACAAACAAGGACAGCAUGGAGUACCGUGUGGUGAACAGCCUAAAAAGGACACUGCAGAAGUGUAAAAUGAUGGGCUGGAUGGAGCAGAUCACUGGGAAUGGGCUAAAUGGGACCUACCAGCUCUGCUACCCUUACCACCCCAGCCCAGCCAUUCUGUUCCCAGAAAAACAGAAAGUGAAAGAGCAGAAAAUGGCAGAGAAGGCUAAACGCAGAAAGAUGGUUGACUCAUCUGAUGAGGACACUGAGGAGGAAGAGGAGUCGUCUGAGGAGGAUGAGGAGUCAGAUGAUGAACCCCCUCCUAAGAGGAAAGCUGUGAAGCGGCCACCACCUAAAGCACGUCGCCCUCCCCCCAGCAAGAAGUCACAGCCGGCAAGUCAGUCGAGGGCUAAGGGCAAGAAAAGAGCUGCCCCUGCUAAGAGAUCUGCACCCCCAGUCAAGAAACCAGCACCCCAAGCUAAGAAAGCAGCACCCCCAGCCAAGAAGCCUGCUCCCCCAGCGAGGAAACCAGUGCCACCAACAAAUAAACCAGUGCCCCCGGUUAAGAAACCUGCAGCUGCCAGUAAAGCUGUAGCCUCAAAGAAGACGCCCCCACCAGCUAAGGCGGCACCCACACCAGUCAAGAAAGCUGCUCCAGCGAGCAAGCCCAAAACGCCCAUUGUCAAAAAGCUGACAAGCAGGGCAUCAAAGCGCCCAGUGCCCAAAAAGUCACCACCUGCAAAGAAGGAAGCAGCCAAAUCUGCAGUGAAGGCCAAGCCAGCAGCCCGCAAGUCCCUGAGGGAGAGGAAGUGAGCUCACUAUUGACCAGCAGUGGAAGUUUAACUGUAGCUCUGAAGACUGCAGUGCUCUGCCUCUAGCCAUGCUCUCUUUCGCAUCAUUGUUUUCUCCCUGUUUGGGGCUCUAGAAUUCUUCUCUGUAGGAUAGGGAUGUGACAGUUAUCAGUUCAUGUCAAUUUACUGUACUUUGAACUGUUACAUUUCUGUGAACCCAACCUCUGAACACCAUUGUGUAGAAAGUCCUCUUCAAAAACUGUAAAAUUGCCUAGGUAUUGAAUUGUGAAAUGUCACAAUUUCCCUCACACACUUGUGUAUAUGCAGAGAUCUAACAUAAAAUCAAAGUGACUUGUCUUUACAUUUUAACAUUUAAUCCCAAUCCACUUUCCCAUGUUUUAGCUUGACACAUUCCUUGUAUAAAAAUAUAGAAUUCUCUACAUUUUAAUCUGGAGUAAAUUUUCAAAUCUUAAAGAAUAUUGAGAUUUAUGUAAGUGAAUUUGAGAGCAUGAGAAUUUCAUGUAAUGAAUUGUGUUAUUUAAAUUAAAUGUCCUUGAUCAGUUGCAGGGCCCAUGGUUAAAAUACUUAAUUUGAUUGGAGACUGAAAUAAGGAAGCAAUUUGCCAUUGUCAUAUUCAGUACUACUGCUUAGUAUUAGGGGAAUAUUUUUUUAAAGUGCGUGACUAAUGAAAGUUCAUUUUAUCAUAUAAAGCUAAAAAAAAUAUAAAAAAAAGAUACAAAAUUGUCUACAUUCUGUGUAAUAGUACAAGUUUUGAAGGUGUGGCUCAUGCAUACCUUGCAUGCGUGUACUCUUUAUGUUAUGCUUUUUUUGAAGUCGUUAUUAAAAUGGCUAUUUGUACUAAA